UUAUUGUUAUAUGUGUUAGGGAUGAUUCGAGAAGCCUAUAUGGGGAAAUAAAAGUGUGACCCCAUAAACAUGAGUGUGCUGAGAGGGUGUGAAAAGAGACGCGCUCUAUGACCCUGUAUCUCCGCCUGCGCUGCUGCAGCAUCAGUGGGAAAGGCAGAAUCUGCAGCUGACUACAUCAAGAGAUCAAAACGAUCCGGAUUAAAAUCGCACAAUCUGUCGCGUAAAUCCAGGGCGCAUCGCUGCUCCACUUUCUCCUUAGUUUUUCGUGAACGCAUGUGCGAUUCAGACAUUAAUCAGCAGGUUUUUUUCCACAGACGGGGAAGAUGGUGCGUUGCUUGUGCCAUGCCGCUGCUGACGGACACUCCGCACGCAUUCGUGGGCAUUAAUUCACCGCGCUCUUCUCCGUCAUAUUCCAGUGCACAUUAUUGUUCACCGGCGACGGUUUUGGCCUGACAGAAGCGUCUGGGUUAACGACUCAGAGAUGCUGUUAUCGCAUCGCCUGGAAGAAGCUGCCUAACAGACCAUGAUGAAGACCGAAUCCUCAUCCUCCUCCAAGCCAGCGAGCAGCACCUCGCUCCGCAGCCCCUCUCCGCACCGCAACGCGUACGAGGCGGCGGGGAUUCAGGCGCUGAAGCCGGCCAACGACAUCUUAAAUAACGGCGACGCGCAGGAUGGCAAGCCGAAGUCUACUAGCCGCGGUCGCACGUACGGCUCGAACGUGCACCGCAUCAAGAACAUGUUCAUGCAAAUGGGCGCAUCCUCACCCACCGAGGCUGAAGACCCGCAGAGGGCAAACGGCGACGGGAAAGCGGUGCGUCUGACGCUCCCGCGGGCCGGCAGCCUGAACGAGAACGUGGACCACAGCGCGCUGCUCAAACUCGGGUCCAGCGUCUCCGAGCGCGUCAACCGCUUUGACGGCAAAUCUGACGCGUCGCCCUGCAGGUACUCCAAGCUGCAGGAGACGCGGAAGAUCUUCGAGCAGAACCAGGAGAAGCAGGCUGCAUCGAAUCGCGUCCUGCUCAAGAAAGAGCGCGCCGCUGGAUUUCAGGAUGCGUCGCGUUUGGAUGUGGUCGCGCGCUUUAAUGGCAGCACGGAGUCGCUGGAUAGCCUGGACGCGAUCGGAGGCACCGGUGAGGCCGUGUCGCCCACUGUCAGCCAGCUGAGCGCUGUGUUUGAGCGGGCCGCCGAGCUGCGAAACAACCUGCACCGGCUCUCCAACACGCCCCCGCUGCCCCUGCCUCUGCGCGGCCGCGUCGGCGCGCUCAACUCCAAAAUCAUCUCCAAACGCGCUCGCGCCUUUCCUCCGGGGGCCAACAGAGAGGAUGGGGUUAACCAGCACCAAGAGGAACAAGACGGGAGGUUCAGCAGCCUUAACGGAGCCUCUGAGCUCCAGGAUAGUCUCUCAUCGGUGGAAGAGAAGCAAACAGGGGACGAAUGUAGUGCCAGUGAAUUCGCGACUCAAGACUCGAAGUGUAAGCAAGAACAAGCCAACACCACAGAAGCUAAAGGUACUCUUAUUUCAGCAGAUCUCCACAGUUUUGGGAACAGCGGAGUCAGUUCUAAUGGAGAGGCCGUGGAGAGAGAUGCUGAGGAUGGACGGUCUGUGGGGGUCAGUAAGACCGAGGAUGAUGAUGGUACUCAGCAGAAGGGUUUCUCCACGGCUGAUUUGGUGGAUAUCAGUGCCUACAGUGCAGUAGGAGAAGACUCUGCUGGCAGCCAGCUGGAGGAUGAGGAGGAAGAAGAUGAAGAGUAUGAGCCAGAGUCCAGCUGCUCUGAGAUUCCCGGAUUACCUGCGGAGGAGGAGCCGCCCCCGAGCAGGAAAAUUAAAUUCAGUGUUCAACCCAUUAAGGUGUUUACAACCUAUUCCAAUGAGGAUUACGACAGGAGGAAUGAUGACGUGGACCCCAUGGCUGCUUCUGCUGAGUAUGAGCUGGAGAAACGUGUGGAAAGGCUGGACCUGUUCCCCGUCGAGCUGGAGAAAGACAAUGAGGGUUUGGGAAUCAGUAUUAUUGGCAUGGGUGCUGGAGCUGACAUGGGCCUGGAGAAGCUUGGCAUAUUCGUAAAGACCGUCACAGACGGAGGAGCUGCUCAUCGGGAUGGCAGGAUACAAGUGAAUGAUUUGAUUGUGGAGGUGGAUGGAACAAGCCUGGUUGGUGUAACUCAAAGUUUUGCAGCAUCUGUUCUGAGAAACACAUCCGGGACCGUUCGGUUUAUUAUUGGCAGAGAAAAGCCGGGAGAGCAAAGUGAAGUGGCCCAGCUCAUCCAGCAGACCCUUGAGCAGGAGCGCUGGCAGCGGGAGAUGAUGGAACAACGAUAUCGAAACUACAUGGGCGAUGAGGAAGAGCCGGGUGAUUAUGGCACGGAUGAAGAGGAAGAAGAUGAAAUGAGCCCCACAUACCCCAGUGCCAUAGAGGUGUUCGACCUGGCUGAGAACGAAGACAUGCUUUCACCUGUAGAAGUGGACCCUGAGAAGCUUGCCCACAAAUAUAAAGAAUUGCAGAUCAAACAUGCUGUGACCCAGGCUGAAAUCCAACAGCUCAAGAGGAAGUUAAAUCACGCAGAGCAGGAUAAGCAGCGCUGGCGUUCUGAGAAAGCUCAGAUGGAGCGCAACAUGCAGGAGAACCGGGAGCGCAUGGAGAAGCUUGAGGGGUAUUGGAUGGAGGCGCAGAGUUUGUGCCAGGCUGUGGACGAGCACCUGAAAGAAACGCAGGCUCAGUACCAGGCUCUGGAGCGCAAAUACAGCAAGGCCAAACGCCUCAUCAAAGAGUAUCAGCAGAAGGAGAUUGAAUUACUCAAAAAGAAAACAGCUCAGCAACAAACUGUAGAGGAGACUGAAGCUUCACAAAAUGAGGAAACAGAACAACUUCAAGACAAGGUAACAGAUCUUGAGUCGCAGGUGGAGGAGGUGAAGUCACUGGAUCCGUCGUAAAGUACAGAUUGUUCAACUACUUCAAUGUAAAUGUACUGAAAUUGGAGAAAUUUGUACUUUGUCAUUUUUGUUCUUGUCAGUAAGCCCAAGACUUUCCUUCCUCCAUACCUUGAUUUCAGAUUCUUUAUGGUUUUAGACAUGUUUUCUUUAUUCGUUCUUAGUAUUGUGAAUCAUAGAUUUACCCAGCAGUGUUUGGUCAAUUGUUUUUUUUUCUUAUAUUUAACUCUGGACAACAAUUCGGCUGUCACUGAUAGUUCUGCCAAAGUUGUUCCUGUAACAAUCUAACGUACACAACAACAACAACAACAAAAAAAAAAAAAACGUGUCUUUUUCUAAGUUCUGUUAAGACUGAUCUUUCAUUAACAACUACA